GAUUAUAACGACGACAUUAGACAGGAACAGAUGUGGGAGAUGCAGAUUUUGAGCACGCAAGGACGAGAGGGUGCGCAAUCAGUAGAUGCGCCUUCUAGUCCUGAGACGAAUUCGGAUGCUGCUAGUUCACCAACAGCGCCUAUCACAGCUACUUGCGUGGAUGCUCAACAAGAUUCCACUUCUAGACCAACAUCCUCGCCUACCAACCCAGCGACGCAUAAGACUCAAGGCACCAUCCUCCAGAUUGUUACAUCGACGCUAGGAAGUCGCAAACGGCCGUUAUUGCCAGGGGGCAGACCAGUAAUGUCACCUACAAAACGAACUGUGAUGUCUCUCCUGGCUCGGGCCCGUGCAGCACAAAACAAAGAGUCUCUCCAAUCAUCACCUUCAAUCGUGGGUCCUAUCCAUCCUCAACAGUCGGCGCCCCUUAUUCAGACUACUCUCCAGCUACCAGCAGGAGCCUUGCAACCAGGGAGUCAAGCAGCCCAAGUCGGGGCUCAGGUGUCUCAGCUGCAGUUAGCUGCUCAGUCCGUUUCACCGCAUGCCACAGCUUCUCAACGUCAGUCCAUCAUACCGCCGCAUACCCAGCAUCAGGUUUUGUCACCAGCGAUACAUGGCCUGCUACACGCGCAGAGGGCCGCCGCUGGGCCGACAGUGGUUCCCAUCUUGCGGGAGGAUUUCAUGGCAGGAGUCAACCUCGUCUAAGCUACUACCUGUACCAGGUUCAAAAAAUUCAUAUUGCGUAAUUCCGCUGCGAAAUUCCUGUCGGAGUUACACAAGGCAUUAGGCAUUAUCGAUCACUUCACUCGAAAACCCGCAACUAUAGAUUUAAAUACAAACCGUAGGAAGUAUACAGUACAUACAGAUUCUAGUACUAUUUCUUCGUACAAUGGAGGAAAAGCGUCGAUAUUUUGAUAAGAAGAUCAAAUCCAUUUUCGAAUCGAAUUCUUCUACGAACCUGAUUAUCUUCAUGACGAAACUAUUUUUUCAAACUUAUAAGGUCCAAUUUUUAUCUUUAGUCCAUGAAAAUCCUACAAUGUCAAAUUGAAAGAUAAUUCAAACUCAAAGUUUACGCUUUUAUCUUUCCACGUGUGCGAAUCAAAAAUAUUAUUGUUAUUAUCCGAGUCGAAAUAUUUAUCAUAUAGAAACCAUACCAGAGUUUAAUGUUAGUAUUUUGCAGUCUUGACAUCCUACAUUAGGCCUAAGUACCUCUGUCUGCAUCGAUCCCACUCUUUCGAAUUUUUUUAAUGCUCAUUGGCACCUCUAAAUCCUACGAAUUUAACUUAGACUAAGAAGAAAUAGGAAAAUAAAGAUUUCAAUGACAUACAUUUCUUUAAAUGAUAUUUAUUUUAUUUUAUUUAAUGGUUUCGAACAUUCUCAUUGAAUUGAAAGCGAAAUAAUAGGCAACGAGACGACAAAUAUAAUUGUAAUUGCAACCUAAAUAUUUCGGGCAUUUUCAUCUAAAUUAAUGAAAAAUUGAAAUAUUUAUCUUGUUAUUAUGUUUAUAGAAAAGUUAAAGAUAUUCACACAUUGUGAUUUCAAAUAAAUAUUGACAAACUUUUUGAAUAAUUAUAAUUUGAACUGAAAACAUUAAAUGUUAUUGCAAGUAGGUGUCAAUUGGACUAAUAUCAGAUCUAGGAUUUACAGAAAAGAUGUGCAUAUUUAUUAGGACUUUUGAAUUAGGUCUUACAGUAAAAUAUAGGAGAUUAGUUGUAAUAUAAUUAACCGUUAAAUUAAUAUGUAGUUGCAAUAUAAUUCAACCCCCAACUCCCAGAGGUGAAAACGAAAAUUUACUGUUAACCUACAAAUAACGGAAGCGGAAAUAUAGGCUUUCUAAGUCCUAUUGUUAACCCACAUGUGGCAGAUAUAUCCAUUUUCGUCACUUAUAGGUUAAAACUAAAUUUUCGAUUUCGGCUCGGAUCGUGUUUACAGAUAAGAUAUCGAAGCUCUCAAAGGAAUAAACAUUUCAGCUCGGGUAAUAAAUUUUUGUUACGUGAUUUCUUUCCUAUUGUAAAGUAUCACGAAAACGAUGCCAAGAACCUCAUGGUCUGAACUAAAAGAAAAUACAAAUAUUGAAAGUAAUAUAAUUCUUAUUAUUCUAAAUGCGGGAUAAAUGAAAUAUAUUGAUUAAUCUUAUUGCAAAUUCUCUCUGUCGAUUUCGCAUCUUCAUAGAUAACAAUAGGAUACCUCUGGCGGAAUAUUGUAAAUGGACGAAUAUUACAUAAAUACAUGGGAGCGAUAUUCAAAAUUCCCAUUAAUACCCGCGAAAUAUUAUUUAGUAUGGCUCGUGGCGCCUGGGAACGAGUCUAAGCAAGCGUACACUUUUACCAUGGCAAAUACGUAUGGGGAAAUGAUCCAUUCCCAUACUAUUUGCCAUUCUCUUCGAAAUGAUCUUAUUUCACUGAUUGUGAGUAUACAUAUGAAUAUUACAAUACUGACGGUAUGGCUUUUCAGAUUUGUUAUCAACAUUUUUAUUGGGUUUUAUGUUUAUUUACUGAAAUAUCAGCAUACAAUAAAUAAUGACAAUCAUAUCUUACAAAUCAACUACAUUUACGACUCUGGAAUUAUUUUCGUCGCCGGCGACUUCAAUAUUAAAAUCGAGUACUUUGAUCUUGAAAGUUCUUUAAAAGGUCGUAUAAUUAGAUAGUCAUUUGUAUUUUUAAAGUUUACAGAGAAAUUGCUUUUACUUAGAUUUGACUAUAAAGGUUUAACAAAAAUGGAAUAUAAACGAACUUGAAUUAGUCAAAUUCCGUAUCAUUUGAUGUGAAAAAGAAAGAAAGUAUGACAGUACAAGACAGUGCCACAAUUUCGGAAAAUAAAAAAGAAGAUGAAUUCAGAGUUGCUUACGAGAAAACGAAAUACGUGGGAACAAUUCUGAGACAAAGCGACAAGUAUUAUGUUAUCAUUUAUAACGUAAAAUAAGAGUGAAGAUAUUUCUUAAUUUUUAUGAUUUCACUUAUACGUAUAGUCGGUCCACGAGUUCAAUAUAGUUUUUUGACAGAUCAGAAACAAUUAAGUCUCUACCAAGUCACACGUGGAUAUGCACCAAAUUCUUAUUGCAAAGUACGUAUAUCCAUAGUUUUGCACUGAAAUAUAUUUUGUUCACUAUUUUAGCAUAUAUUUCCCGAAUUUUAUGAAAAGCCACAUGUUAUUAGUUAAGGAUUGCUAUAAUUAGGUUUAAUCGUUUAACUAAAAAUAUAAUUACAAGUACUCUAAUGAAGACUACCGCCUACGUUCCUACAGGGACUCAAAUGAGUAUUUUGUCUAUCUAGUAUGAAUUAGUAUAAGACACGAUUGUGAAGUUUGGUACACGAACCGUCAGGCGACUUUUGUACUCAUCGGGUCUUGUACUCAUUCGUACCACCCGCGCGGAAAAUAAGUAGUCUCGGAAAGAGUCUCGGAAGUUGUUGCGAGUUAGAUAAAGAGUCGCGCAUAAGAUCCGAUGCGAGACUGUCGAAACUUUCAUUGAUAAAAAGAUUAGAAAAAAUAGGAAAAAAUAUUAUUUAAGACUGGCCCUUCUACGUAAACCUGUAUUUUGUGACAAUGAACAAGAACCUCGAUGAGCAGCUCAACCAAAACAAAAAAGCGUCUUUUUUUAACUGCCCUCAUACUCAUCAAGAGGUUAUCAACAAGCAUGAUUAUGAAUUGAAAUUGAACUGAAGUAUUGGUUACUUUUGUGACCUAUUAGAUACAUAAGGCUUUUAUUAUUACGUGGAUAAAACAAAUUCAGUACAAAAUAUAUUCGCAACUUCGAAUUUUCUAUUGUUGAUUUUUUAUUUGGUAAGUUUUUCUGCGUCCUCAUUUACUCAUUUAAGAUUUCUGCAAAUGCCAGGACCAAAUUCCGGAAUAUCUUGUGCGAGCCAUUCGUAGAAAAUCCAACUGUUGCAUCAUAAUAUCACGUUCUCAAUUUCCAAGUUACCGAUAAUAAAAACUUAGAGUAGCCUUUUGUUACAAAGAAGUUUAUUUAUAAUUUCAAGCUUCCGCGGUUAUUUUCCAUGUCAAAAAUGUGGAAUUUCACGAAUCUAGAAAAAAGUCGAAGAGACAGUCUCGCAUCGGAUCCUAUGCGCGACUCUUUUCUAACUCGCAACAACAACUUUGAAAAUCUUUCCAAGAUUCUUUCCGAGACUGUUUUUUUCCGCGCAGGCAGCUAGAUACAACAGUUUUUGUAACAAAUGCUCAAAGAAAACGUCGUCUGGCCUUCUUGUUACGAGAGAUGGCACUAUUAAUCUGCCUCAAAAAUAUUUUUUAACAGGUUUCCCCUUCCUUGAAAAUAUUUUAGAUGCCUAUGACGUCACUAUCAUAAAUUUUUAGAUAAUUUUAUAGUCAUUUGUCCAAAUAAUAAUAUUUUAAGGUGCCCUCUGGCGACACAUUACGUGAUAUCCUUUCGGCAUUUGUUACAAAAAAAAAUAUUUAAUACAAUAAAUAUAAUAACAUAAUAAAGUUAAAUAUUCACUUUACGUUAUACGUGUUCUUAAUAGUAUAUUUUUAAAGCUUAAUAACUUAUUCUUAAUAACUGAUGAUUAAUAUUUACUUUGUUUCCAUACUUAACAAAUCUGAAAUCCAUUUUGAGUGUGUAGUUUUCAGGCAUUUUGUAAAAUGCGGUGAAUUUGAAUAGUAUGGCAAAUAGUAUGGGAACGAACCAUUAGCCAUAUAUUCCCCCAUACGUUUUUGCCAUACUAUAAAUGUACACUCUCCCAGACUCUCUUCCAGACAUUGAGCCAUACUAAAUAUUUUUACGCAAGUAGGAGUUUCCUCCUUCUACAUUUCUUAAAGUUAUCAGGAUUUGACGUAACAUGAAUACAAAAACAGGUAUUAUUUAGUUUAUUAUAACUUUCCACCCGAACCUUCACUUUCUUCUUCAUGAAGACAUACGCCGCCCUAGACUUAUCGUAAUAUUAGCAUGCCGCCAAACAUUAUAAGUAUGAAAGGUACAUUAGUCAAAGCUGUGUCCAGACAAAAUCGAUUGGCUCGUUUGAAUUUUCUACCAUAUUAAACAGCUUCAAAGGAGAAUUUUGUCAAAAUAUUGACGACACUCAGAAAAUAUUUGUUAUGCCACGCAGAUUUUCGAAAUAAUGAACCAAUCUUUGCGUACAAAAUUGAAAACAAAAAUUGGUAACAGAAUGGCGAGUGUAGCUACGGUCGCAAACAUUCGUUAAAACUAAACGACCGAUCGACUUUUCCUCCAAAACCAAAAAAAAAAUUGCUUUAACUCAUAACUCAAUGUACACAAUACUACAAAUUUUAGUGCCCACAUGUUGUACAUACGUUAUGUAUUGGAAGUCGAAAAGAACACGUCGCAUUCGGACCAAUCAGUACUACCCUUUGCUAAGAUUCACGUUCGUUGUCGUAUUAUUUUCAUAUCUCGUUACUAGCUAAGUAUGCAGAUCAUACGUCGUAAUACAGCCAGAUAAAAAUAUUAUAUAAUAAUUUAUUGUGUAAUAUAAAUAAAGAUAAAUGUUUUAAACGGAUUAUGUCCUAAACGAAUAAAUGUCUUAAAUGGAUUCUAUUUGAUAAUAGUAUGUCAAGCAUACUUGGCAUAAAUCUACAGGCGUAAAUCUACAAAGUACUCUGUCAUAGCGUUCGCACGCUGGUCCAUGUAAUGGGUACCGUACUGAGAAAAGAGUUUGGUUAUAGAAAGGAACUAUAUUUAUUUGCUACUUUACCAAAUUUGAUUCAAGUCAACGCGUCUAGUAUUUGUCAUACAAAGAUGUAUGAUGUAAGAUGUAAGAUGCAUGUAAAUAUUCUUCAAAUGUGCAAUAACGAUAUAUCACAAAUUAAAAAUGCUCUAAAGUAAGCAUAAUUUUGCAGUAUUUACUAAAAAUGUCCCAUUUAUUUGGACACAUUUCUUUCAUACGAAUAAAGGUCGUCUUCAUUAUGAAUAGACCCUGGGAUAUAGUCUGUCGAUGCACGUUUUGUUAUCAUUAAAUAUUUAUGAAUUUACUUGUUUAUUAUUAUUAUUUAUUUGUUUAUGUAAGUACCUCUCACAAAUAAAUCAUUUAUUAAUCAUACACAAAUAUUAAUUUGGUACAAGGCCGAACCUCAAAUAAACACCGUGUUUAAUGUGAACUUGUAUUCACUUGUUCAUCUAAAUAUAGCAUAUUUUACCAGAAAUAAAUUGCGUUAAUUCUAAAUAAACUCUUUUCUCAGCGAACAGUGCUAUUAAAUAAAUUAUAUUAUAUUACUUAGAGCGUUAUCAGUCUUAUUACGUAAAGGUUUGUUAUCCAUUAACUGCUCUAGCCAGGCUAUCGGCAUGGAGGAGUGUCAUACCGAGUACCGAUAAACGAAUGGGGGUGAUCAACGUGUUUUCCAUCUAUUUUAAAAUCAUUGUCAGUAUUGAAAAGUUUCUUAUCAAGUUCUACUUUCGCGUCCAUAAAAAUUUGAAUUGUAAUAUUUAGUAUCUCUUUCGCAAGGUCAUACUUGACACUAAAUUCUAAGUUUAUAAUUUUUUGAAUAUGUUAUCGAGUUUUCGACGUGUACUUAUCUCAUAUAUAGCAAUUGACACUAUCCCAUAUCUAAUGUUUACAGAUCUGGUUAUUGCGGAUGACCAAUGAUCAAAAAAGUGACUUUCAUCAGAUCUUAGAUUGAUCCUUCCUGCAUCAAACAGAUGAAAUUGUAAUGAAAAAUCUAUUUCUGACCUGCGAUUGAUCAUUCGCAGUAACAAGAUCUGUAAACAUCAGGUGUGGGUUGUGCCAACUGCCAUACAUGAGAUACACGUUAAAAAUGAGAUCUCACAUUGAUAUCUCUGACGCAACGAAUUUUUUACUCGAGUGUUUAUACAGAUACUUCGUCAUCGGAUAAACUAAUUUCUCAUGUUUCUUUAAAAAAUUUAUUAUUAUUGGUAAUUCGAUUUUCCCCAUAUCAAUGCUUAUUACAAUACUAUUCCGACAGUAUAAUAUUCUAAGUAUAGCUGUUAGAAUAUGUUUAGAUUUUAUGGACCAUGCUCUAUAAGCAAUCGUACGUGCGCUUAUAAGUUCAACCAAUAGAGUAAGUACAGAAAAUAAGUGUAACUACGCAAUACAAGAUGCGACAAAAGUGAAGCAUUAAUAUAUAUAUAUAGUGCAUAUAACAUCAUGGAAUGUAACGUAGCAGCAUUCUGUAUUGACCACGAGCAGCUUCGCGCCAAGGAAGGAGAUGAGAAUCGCUUCAACUAAAAGCAAUUUCUAGACUGUAUUUUUGGAAAAUAGUCUAUUGAUCGUCAAAGAUAUUUUUAAGGUGCAUAGGUAUAUUCUUUGGUUUUCCAUAGUAUAUCAGCCGAUUAAACCUAUAUUUAAAACUCCUAAAAAUACUCGUAGUUUCAUGUGUUCAAAACGAUGCUGAACAAUAUUCAUCAGCUUAAUUACAACAAUAUUCAAGUAACUCCGAAAUCAUUCGGUUAUAUACAUAUGAUAUGGAUGUGCUCCUUCCUUCAUUGGAAAACCUUUCUGUGCAUCGUAAUAUGUAUCUUACAAUUGAAUUUCGGAUCACUGUGCGUAAUAAAGUACCUAUCAUAGCUAUAUUGAUUUUGCCAAGAUAUACCGUACGUGCAAUAGAGAUCAGCUAUUGCAUACCACUUACUGCACGUACACAUAUCGAAGUAACUAAUAGAUUUUAAAAUCGGUGUUUAGGGUUAAGUCUGCGCCAUGAGUCUCUUCAAACAAAACGUCUUUCGGUGAUAUCGAUAAUAUUUUAUCAACACAUUUUGCCAAACGUUGAUAUUUCGACGAUGCAGGAAAGUAGUCCCAUGAAACAACGAAUUUUCUACGUGUUUUUCCUACUUGACAUAUGUGACUCAUUUACUGGAUAGGUAUAUUUUCAAAUGCUUGGAUAUAUUACAAUAAAAACGAAAUGCAAAGACGUGACAUAUUAAUUAUCUUUCAUCUUUUAUACGUCUAGACAUAUACGUUGCGACGCUAAUUUUCGUUGAGAUAUGUCGGUCACAAGUACAGGCGUCAAACCGUAUUCCACGACUGAAAACUACAAGUGAAAUGUUCGUCAAAUACGGAAAAGCUGUACUGCGAUACUAUGUCUGAAUAUUACCCAGAAUAGCUCUUCGUCGGUGGAGUCGUGAAUCAGGAAACGAAGUAUUUGAAAAAUUAUAAAAAAUCGGGAAGGUUCACGAAAAACUGCUUAAAUUAUUUUACCACACUCGAAACUAUCGAAAACGAAAUUCACAGUCGGAUCCAAUUUAUUUUAGAAAACAGUAAUAAUAAUAAUUACAAACAAAGGCAAAAUUGAAUUUAAUAACAGAUCGAGAUGUUCCAAAACGAAAACUAGAUAAUACGAGAAGAUAUAUUUAAAAACCUUUCUGCGGGAGGAAAUCAGAAUCAAAACGACAUGAUACUAAACAAUAAUGGAAAGAAAUAAUAACGGAAUAGUCAAACGUGACAAGAAACAAGCCGUUACUCAUCACAUUGCACGUCUUAGCCGAAAUUCACAUCUCUUGUGACGUGAUUAAUAAUUAAUUAUUUGGAGAAUUCAACAAUUUUUGUAUUUAUGAUAAAAAAACACUACACUUCCAUUUUAAAACAUCAUGUUAUUAUAAUCCUAUAAGAAGGCAUCUUUCUAUCUUUUUUAUAAAUAUAUGUAUAAUUGUGAAAUGCAUAUACGUAUGCACUAUGAUAUAUUUCGCAAAGUAAUUACAACAUGAAAUUACUUUCCGAGUACAGCAUACAUCGAUAAUUCCGCAUCCACAGUUCACUAGAUUCAAAUAUUCAAAGUUCAGAAAUGCAUUUGAUUAUAUGAUUUUGAAUCUAACGAUUUGCUGGAUAUAGUUUAUUGCUAAAAAAAUAUUCUCAUUUUUGUUCCUUCAUAAUUAUAAAUCAACUUUUACACCAACAUUUGCAAAAAUACUGUCCAGUGAUUCCAUCUUAUCUUAAUGGAAUCUGCUAUCCUGUCAUCCUGUUAUCCGAUCCAGGUGAGCUUUUCCGAUCCUGUUAUUAGAGCUUACGUAUUACAGUAGAACCUCGAUUCUGGUCGAUUCUAGGUUAUAGAAAAUGUAAAAUUAUGAAGAGCUGUAAGCUAAUUUAUAAAACAUAAGCUAAUUUUUGCAAUAUCAUCGCGAACAGUUGUUAUUACGUUAGCUUGUUUUACACAUAGAAUAAUAUCAAUAAUUCCACUCUGUAAAUUCGGCAAAGCAUAGACGGGAGCCUUCAAAGUACGUAUGAGAAUCAAACAAUAAUAUCAAAUAGUUCAGAAUAACUUAUCAACUGGAGGCGGUAAUUAAAUAGUUAAUUACAUUUGUAAUUGAAUUGGAUACAGAACACGGAAAAUAUUAUAUCAAGAUGGUGGAUCAAAUAGUUGCAGCCUUGAGCAACGACUCAAAAGCGGCAGUCACGAAAGGAAGAGCUGUUAAUUUAAUAAACAAUUAUGUGCAAGUUUUAAAUCUUAUAAAAUUAAUUCGAACUUGAGAGACAGUAUGAGAUUUCUUUAGAAAAAAUUCACCGAAUGUAAUCAUCACUUGUAUAAUUGGUUUUCUUAAUACUCUUCAAAUUCUCUAUUCGUAAAAGAGAAAGAUAUACGCUUAUAAAUAUCCAACAUUACUUACCUUUAGUUAUUUACUACAAUACAUUUCGAUACUCGAAGUAUAACUGUAUUCAUAUAACUAAUUUUUCUCUUAUCUCUGAAAUAAUUAUCGCUUUCUGUUAAUACAGAUGUGCAUUCUAUUUUUAUAAUUACUGAAAAAUAACGUUCUCUAACUAAAUAUUUUUUUAAUAUUCGCAAGCGCAGUUUGUAAACACAAAGAAUCAUGUCUAAAAAUUUGCAAGAAUUUCUAUAUUUACAAAAUUGCUAAAUGCUAAAAUAAACUGGACGCUCUAUCAGAUAAAAGAAAGAUAUUUACUUCAGACGCACCAGAAUACGAUACUCAUGGCAUGGACUUAACUAACUACUAUUGAUAAAUUCUUAGAUAAAAGAGAUUUUUUAGACAAAUAUAUUGUAUAGUUGAUUAUUAAUCCAUUGUUAAAUGUAUCUGGCGUUAUUAUAUCAUAUAUAGUAAAUGUUAUCUUAUGUUAUCAAUAAAUAUAAUUCAUGUAUUGUACAAGAUAGUUCGGCGAAAGAGACCACGCGCCUGCAUCUGUCAUUCGUGAAUUUUUCUCUGAUACCUCAAGAGCAUAGAGAAAUAUUCAUUCAAAAGAACAUUUAAUUUUAAAAUAUUAUUAAAUCCCUUCGAAGUGUAACCAAAAUUAACUCUGUGUGGCAUUCUUUAAUUGAUAAUUAAAUUAAUUAAUUAUUAAGGUUUUUGAUGGCACUGAAUCCAAAUUUGAUAACCAACAUUAUAAUACAAUAUUUUUGAAAAAUAUUAAAUUAAAUGAAAUAAAAAUAUCCCAUCCCAAGUUACACGAGAAGUUACCGCGUUCGAGUGCGUUUUUCUCCCUCGUUUUCACAUCACAGUCUAACGAUAUCGGCUAGCGAUAAAAUAUUUUGAUAUACGUGUCAUAAAAUUCGACAAUAACUCAAAAAUCCAGGACCAGGUUGUCGAAAAUAAUCAAAUCUACCGAACGACUUAUUUUUCUAUAUAAAAAGUAGUACAAUUAUUAAUAAAUUUCAUUUAAAUAAUCAAUGCAUCAUUUUUACAUAAAAGGCUUUUGAUUAUGGCAACCUAUCGAUACUCUUUGUUCUCCCUUUUCAGAUAACCAAAUUUCGUUUCAUUGUAUUGCAGCAUGUACACUAAAAAAAAACCAAAGAAAAGUAUCUCUUUAUGUCAUCCGCAGAGCGCCCUUAUCAAAUUGUAGUCUUUUGUGACUACUCUUACUGUCUAAUGGAACAUCCAAAAAUAAGAUUUCGUUCGAAUUGGAGCGGAAUAACAAGGUGAUAGAAUCCUAAAUAUCAUCAGAUCCAGCAAUCGACGUUUUAGAAUGAUUUUAGACCAUUUUGAGUUCUUAUGUAUUAUUGCAGUGUCCUGCACUGGCAAAGGUACUGUAAUUUGCACACCGGUAGUCAAAAAGUGCUCCAAUUUGGCGUAGACGGUUUGAAGAUAAAAUAAAGGGGUACCUGUCUUUACUUUUCUUCUUUUGGUCCGUUUUCAGAUUUGGUCUUUCUUUGUGACUCACACUACUCGUGGAAUACUCUCGAGUUGAAUCUCUUAUACUCGGGGCCAUGAAAUUACAUGGAAGCAUAACACAGCCUUGCAUGCAAGUAAGGAGUUCAAUGGAACAAACAAUUUGAUUUUCUGAAAAGGGAGAAUGAAGAGUAUCGAUAGGUUAUUGUUGUGGAUUACCAUACUUAGAAGCCUCUUACGUACAAAUAAUCUAUUGAUUAAUUAAAUGAAACUUAUUAAUAAUCUUAAUAUUUACCAAACAGAAAUAUAAGUCGUUCAGUAAAUGCGAUUAUUUUCGAUAACCUAGCCCUAGACUUUUCCAGUUAUUGUCUGUUUUUGUAACGAAUGUCGAAACUGUCAAAAUGUUUAAUUACGGGCCGAUAUCACUAGAUUCUGACUCAAAAACCAGGGAGGAACUUACUCACGAACGUGGCAGUUUCAGGUGUUCCACUUAGGAUGGGACAUACGUUAAUAAUGCAAUACCACUUUCUUUCGAACACAGAUUCAUGAAACGAGGAUAUGAUCUCCGUGCGCCUUCGUGUGUUUUCGUUCGACUUCGUUUAAAUCUUUAUAUCAAGUUUAGAUUCUGCGACGAAAAAAACAUUAGGAUACCCAUUUUUAGAGAAAUUGCAACAGUGUCACUCCCUGUUUUUUUUUUUGUAUAUGCGCACAUGUAUAUCGUGCAUAAAAAUAAUACGAAUUGGCCCUGACAGUCAAUGAAACAUCGGGCAAACUAGACAUUUUGUCCAGAAAUUUGAAUAAAGUCGGACCAAAUAAAUGAUCUUCAAAAUUCUUCAAUGUUAAAAUGAUUAUCUGACUCAUAGUGCGUUUUAUAUGGGCGCUCAUGAGCGGAUAUUAAAAAUUGUGUCUUUAAUGUUGUAAACUUGCUUGAACAUUAAACUAUAUAAACAAAGUAAUUGCAAAUGUCGAUUAAAUCUAAUCUAAUAUAACAACUAU